GAGAAACAGACAACUCUUGUCAAUAUUAAAUAAGCCAUAACGCAAAACUAUGUAUAAACGCAUUGCGCUUACGCACUGCUUGCCAGCUAUCAGUCUGAACAAAUUAAUGCGACAUGGCAGCAAUUAGUCCGAAGCUGCUAAAUGAUUUAAAACUUACGCCAAACUUUGUCCCCCCACCACUUGUUUGUCCGAAACUUUUAAUUAUUACACACUUGCGACUUGUUGUUCAAUUUGUUCGCGAUGCUGCCAGAUUAUAAACUUUUGUCGAGUUCAAUUAUGUACGUCGAAUCGCCGGCAUUGUUUGCUCUAAUUCGCUCGGGAAUCUUUUUGCUUUUUCGGACGACCCAUUUUGAUGUGCAAUUAGUGCCGGGAAAAAGCGUUAAUUUUUGAUACGAAAUUCAGGCCGACUAGACCGUAUAUCUCAGAGCUCCAGGCGACCAAAAUCAAACUAAACUAUAUAUCUGCUGCCAUGUUCGACGCAAAUAUCAGCAUCUGGCCGUUUUACCACACGGAAACGGUCGAGCAGCGCCGAAAAUUCGUAAUAACAGUUUUCCUGGAGUUUGCUGGAUUCGUCGUGCUUGGCUUUGUUCAUUGGGUCUUGAUGCUAACGUUGUUGCAAAAUUGGAUUUUUGAUUUGGUAAGAGACCACUCAUCUGCAUUGCUUCUCAGCUUUGUUGUUGGUAUAUUCCUGCUGCUGCUUUUUGCCAUUAGUAAGCCACUGCGAAAAAUGACCUGUGUCAACUGGCUGAUUACCAUGAUUAUCGUGGAGUGUGUGGUGAUUUCUCUCAGUGUACUGAUUGCAACAUCAGGAAUGUUGUAUAUGCUGGCUGGAUUUUUAAUUGUCGCCCUGGUGAUUGUGUUUUCUACUUUAAUAUCUGCUUUAAUGCCGUACGACCUCACAGGUUCUGGACUUUACCUAUAUAUGCUAGCUACAGGAGCCUACAUGCUGAGCCUAUAUUCCCUGGUACUAUUCGCUGUUCUUGAUGUGUCUUGGGGAUUUUACCUCUUCGCGGCCUUAAUCGCCUGCGUCGUGGUGAUAUUCCUGAUGUAUCAUGUGCAGUGUAUAAUGGGCGGAAGGAGGGCCUCGACCGGAUUGUACGAUGACAAGUUCGCCGCCCUGCUGCUGUUCCACGAGUUCAUAGGUCUCUUUGUGCUGACCCUCUACUGGCGACCCAUAAUGCAGCGCCUGCAGUUGAAACAAUAA